AUGUCCCUCGUCUCCGCUCUCAACCACGACCCCAUGCUAUCCGCGCAACACUCCAUGACCCCUUCCUGCAGCGUCGUUCCCCCGGACGGCUCCUCCGCCUGGCCCUCUUCCGCGGCUGCAGCCGCUGCUGCGGCGGCGCAAGCGCAGUCCCACGCACCCGUCUGGGCCUCCUCGCCAUUCCAAUGCCAGGCCCUUCCGCCUCCCGCACCCAACGGCUCCGCAUGCUUCUCGUUCCCCGGAGCCGAGCCUCCGCCGCCCAUGUUCACUUUCCCGCAGUUCCGCCUGACGAACACUCUCGCUGCGGCGCAGCUAAUGGAAGCGGGAGCUUCCGCUUCCGCUGCUGCCGCCGCGGCGUCUGGAUCUGACAGCAAGGGCAAGCGGCUCAACGAGAAUGCGUCAGAAGCGUUAAGCAAUCCGGCUCUCGCGCUGCGUCCGCGAAAAAGAGGACGUCCUUCGAAGAAAGAUCGCGCUGCAGCCGCGGCGGCAGCUGCGGCGGCGGCAGCGGCAUCGCAUACCGCUUCUGCAGCUGCACGAACUGCGUCUGCCGCGAUUGGCGCAGCCUCUCUCGCCGGCGGUACCUCUGCAGAUUGUAACCCGCUGGAACAGACACCUGCUGGCGUUACUGCCGUUACUGGCGGUACCACGACCACGGACCAAUCCAACCUCACCACGAGCCAGCCUGGAGAGCGAAAAAUGCCGCAGCUUUUACCACGUAUUCCCGCCUCUGCCACUUCUAUUCCCUCCGCCGGGUUUCCGCCCGUGCACGUGUCUACGCCGUACGGCGCGAAUCUAAGCUCGUCUCCUAUGCACCCGUCGAUGUUUUCCGGUGGUCCCUAUGCUGCGGCGGCAGCGGCGGCCGCGGCGGCUGCGGCAGCGGCAAUGGCUGCGCCAGUCGGUGGCGCCGCUGGGCCGUGUUCGUCGCUAGGAUCGUUUUCGCAGGUCAUGUACGAAGCUGCGCAGCAGCAGCAGCAGCAGCAGCAGCAACAGCAACAGCAGCAACAACUGCAGCUGCAGCAACAACAGGCCCAAAUAAUGCAAUCGCAAAUGUUCGCAGCUGCUACGCCUCUUAGCGCAACGGCGGGGAACGUGCCGCCGCCUGUCCUUGGUAUCCCUGUUCACGGCUAUAAUAUUUUCUCCUUGGUCAAACCGCUCGAGAGCACGCUACGCGCGCCGUCCGUGAGCUUGCCGCAGCCCUCCGUUCUGAAACCGGCUGUGUCCGUCGCAAACGGCGCAACUGGCGGCGCCGCUAACGAUGCCGGUUUGUUACAGGUUCAAGAGCAGCAGGGCAGUAGCGGCGCUGUGAAACCCUCCGCGGCGGCGGGUGCUGGUGGGGCGGAGAACGGUGGAAAGGAUGGGGAUGCGGCUUCUCCUGGCACUGCAGGUCGAUCUUCGCUGACUUCUGAAGUGUCCCCCUCUCCUGACGCAAUCCCAGCCAUCGAUUGGAUGCUGGGGCAGAUGAAACGUUCGCUGGGACAGCCGAAAAAAGAGUCUGCUGCAGCAGCGUCGAGUGUGGUGGCGGAGCACGGGGAUGAAACCCCUGCUGCAGCGGGCACUGGUUCCGCCGGAAGUGGUUCCGCAUCCGCGUGGCUGCCUGUCCCCCGGUCGCACAGAUCUGCGCCUCCCCCGGAAGUUGUUAACGCAGCUGCGAAGCUUUUGGCGGGAACCGGGACGCUGCUCGACCAGAAUGAAACCAAGGGCCUUGGGAACACCGCGAAGUCCAAAGCAACCGCGUUAGGGUUUGGUUCAAUGGCAGCGGUUCCGAUAAAGGGCGUUGCAUUGAGUUUUGCGUUUGAAGCUGCUAAAGGGGCAGACAAUGGAGUUGAUGCAGCAGGUGGAGGGAUGGAUGAAAUUAAGCAGCAGAGAGGAGCUUCUGAGGUUGAUCUUACCCUCAAACUCUAA